GGAUGCAAGUAGCAACCUGCUGUGGGUUUUGAGACUGGGAGUCCUCGCAUCUGAGAGAGUGACGUGAUACGCGUGUUUCUCCGCCAGAAGCUGGGCCAGAAGUCUUACAGCUGGAACAUGCACUGUAACCCCAUUCCCCAUUGCAGCCAUCCACUAUUGGAUGCCAGAGCAAGAUCGAUACUAAAGCUACGCUACGUUCCCUUUGACCACAACUCACUCGCACCGUUCCACUUCCCAGCGCAACCUGCCUUCCAGAGCCUGCGUAAGAAUACGACACUAUGCCCCGCCCAAAAGCCCCACCAAAACCCAAAGCAAAACAGUUCGACUACUCUCUCCCUUACGCAACACUCAACCUCCGCAAGACCCCCAAUCUUUACACUAUCGGCAAAGGCGAACAAGGCGUCUUCGUUUGCGAGCCCUACAGAUCCGAACUCUCUCCCCUCUGGCGCUUCAAAACCCCCGACAUCGCAACCACAUCCUCGCAACAACUGUACGCCAAAUUCCUCGCCUACAAAGCCGCGGACGAUUUUGUGGGCAUGGAUAUGGCAAGAAAAUUCAUACAGAUGGGCGUCACGCGUGCGAGGCGGUAUGCAAACCAUAAAGGAGGGAGGAAAUAUGUCAAGACGGGCGAUGGGGAGAAGACGGAGCUGCCGAGGGAUGAGGUGGAGGAUCCGGUGAAGGCAGAGUCGGCGAGGAUAUUUGGGGUGGUAUUGAAGGAUGUGAGGGAGGAUGAGGAUUAUGUGAGGAUGGCGGUGAGGCAUAAGGAGUUGUAUGAGAACUCAACAUCGACAUCUGAGGAUGUGAAAGAGGAGACGCCAGGACCAUCGGCGUCGCUUUCCGAUGAUGGGGGUGCCAUAUCAGGAGCUAAACGCAAAAGCAAGUCACAACUGGCGGGUGCGAAGCGCAAACGACGGGCAUCAUAGUGGAAAGGUCGGAUGCAGUCGUUGAGAAGGAUGGGCAGGAUGUGUUUUUCGUGGACAGGAACAACAUCGAUAAACUUGUUGACAUCGUUUCUUGAAGUCAAAUUGCUUCUGGUGCGCCUCAGGGUGCGCCUUAUCGCGAUACGCCAGUCAUGUAAGGCAGAAACUAACGGUGUAUGGGGCCGUGUUCACCACAUCUUACCGCAGUUUGUAGUUUAUGGUGGACGAUAGUGUACGGCAACCGAAAACAGCAGCAUGUUUCUCUCCUGAGUCCUGUAGC